GCCCAAGUUGGCCCAUGCCUGAGAGACAGCAGUUGAUGGGAAAGGACUACAUUUCCCAGGGUGCAGCGCGGCGCCAGCUCUCUCUCUUUCCCGUGUUGCCCCGCGCGGCGUGUGUCUGUUGGAUGGCGAAGGGAACUCCGUUGGAGGCGAGUCCCGCGCUUGGAGCCUCUCGCUCGCCUCCUUCUCCUCCGCCAUGGCUGCCUCUCUCUCCCCGCUGAGGUUCGGGGCUCCGGCCGAGAGCUCCGUCUGCCUCCUGCUUCCCCUCGUGAUCCCCGCCGGAAGGUCCCUGGUCCUGUCGCGAGAUGGGACAAAAACUGCCUGGAUUCUGUCUCUAUCAGAAGAAAAUAAGAGCAAAGGGGAAAAUCCAGAAGGUGGUUCAGAACUGCGUAAGACAUCCUCAUGCAGCCCCCAAGAGGGUGGCCUUGAGGGAACCCAACAGGGAGACUCCGUAAAAGAGCAAGUGGCCUUUUGUAAAGGGAACUCUAAGGAUCCCCAAAGGAGCAUCAAACCCAAAUCCUACAAAUGCUCCGACUGUGGGAAAGUUUACCGAAGGAACACCGAUCUCGGGAGGCAUCAACGGACUCACACCGGAGAAAGGCCUUACCCGUGCCUGGAUUGUGGGAAGAGCUUCAGUCGGAGUUCGAUCCUCAUUGAACAUCAGAGGAUCCAUACCGGUGAAAAGCCAUACAUUUGCAGCCAUUGCGGGCAAGGGUUCAGCCAGAGCUCCAACCGUAAACAACAUGAGAAGAUACAUGGGAAGGAUAAAAUGGGCAAUCCAACACAUUGGGUACAAGGAACACAGACAAGCCAGCAUGAGAAGAUCCAGGUCCAGGAGAAGGUGGACAAGCCAACACACUGGGAACAGAAAACACGGACAAGCUGGCAAGAGAAGAUGAAGGGCAAGGAGAAGCUGGGCAAGCCAACCCAGUGGGGGCAAAGUCAGCAGAGGACAGAGGACAAGAACCUUGGCCCUAAAAGCAAGAUGAGAACAGAGGAGGGAUUGGGGCAUAAAGUAGGUUCUGGAAAGGUUUCUCCAUCUCCUAAGAAAAGCCCUUUGUGGAGCUCAAAGGUGGUCCUGAAGCACCAGAGAAGCUUCCUCCUUGAAAAACCCUACAGGUGCCCUCAGUGCGGAAAGUGCUUUGCCCGUAGCACGGAUUUCAUCCGGCACCAUAUCACCCACACAGGAGAGAAGCCCUACACUUGUAUAGAAUGCGGCAAGAGUUUUACCCGCAGCUCCGUCCUCAACGAACACCAGAGGAUCCACACAGGAGAGAGGCCCUACAAGUGUCGGGUCUGUGGGAAGGGCUUCAGCCAGAACUCCAACCGGAAGCAACACGAAGCAAUCCACCAAGUGAAGAAAUCAGCUGAGCCUUUCCUAAAUGGACAAGAAAAUUUGAACUGGGGUGCAGGACUGGUGCAGCAACAGAGAGCCAAUCCAAAGAGGGGAAAGACCUGAGACAAGAUCAAGGGGUAGGAGAUAUUCCAUGAAAGUCAAAUCUCAAACCCAAAAAGGAAGAGGACUAGUGUGGAGAUAUUUUUUUUUUAAUGAGAGGUACAUUUCAGCUGCUGUUACAUAAAAAUGAAAGUAUUGUUGGUGCAGAAAUUCCAAGCAAAAUGCAUCGAUGGGAUACAUCUACUACUAUACUAUUGCUAUUAAUAAUAAUAAAAAGAAGAGGCAAAAUAAUUUCCUAUAUUUAUAGUUUGAUUGUGCACAUACUGAACCAUUUGUCUUCUCUACAACCAAAGACUGGGAAAGACCACUUUCUACAGCCAAGAUGAGAAAUAUGCAGAUCUCUGGAUGCUGUCAGACUGUAACUCCCAGCAUUUCUCACCGUUGUUACGCAUGCAUUAGAUCACACUGCCUUUUAGCCAGGGGUUACCUGCAAGUUUUAUUUUUCAUUCACCAGCUGCUCUCCAAAUGGGCAUUUCAUUCACCAGACUAAUCCUUCCCAAUAGCCAGAGCCAAAGUUUUAAAGGAAUCAAAUAGAAUUUUGCUAAAAAUUGUGUCAAUGGCAUAACCUCAGAAUUUAACUUUUCCUGGAAAUAGAAUGCCUUUGAAACUAUGCAGAUUGCAUUUUCUUACCAGUGGUUAACCACAGUCCAAUUAAGGGACAGGAUCUCCAAAUCACAAGAUCCAACUUAAGCCCCAUCUGCACUGCUGUAUAAUGCAGUUUUGGAAUACAGCUUAACUGCAUUAUAUGGUAGUGUAGACUCAUGUAAUCUAGUUCGGUGCAGUUAAACUGAAACUGAAUUAUAUGACAGUGUAAUAGGGCCUUAGGUUUAGCCUGAGGAUAAACACUUUCUGCCUCUUGAACCAUUUUUAAAUUAACAGGCUAGAUAUGUAUUUAUUGGCCUCAUUCGGGCAGCAAUCUUAUUUUCACUUAGCUGAAAGUAUUCCCAUUUAACUCAGUGCAAGUUCUAAAGUAAUAAACGGUGGGCUGCACUGUUAGGACUAAAAUCAAAUUAUUAGUUUCCACUAGAGGAAGCUGUUUGAACCAAGAGUAAGUCACUUUGACUCAUUGAGUCUAUUCUGUUUGAGACCAGGAACUGCACUGAGGCCAUAGUGCAAUAUUUGGUGUAGAACAAUGCUAAAUAAACAACAAAACAUCUAAUUUUCAACUUGGUUACUUUUAUAUUAACCUGAUCAUAUUGAUAUCUGUAUUUCCUCCCUGCUUUCUUUCGACAUGUAACUGUCUGAUUGAGCAAGAUGAGGGUUGGCUGCGGAACCUUCUCAGAUGAGACCUAUUUGUGCUGCAAGGUCUCCACCUGGGCUACAAUAAAAUAAAUCUGCAGUGGAA